UUCAUGUAUUGAUUUUAUCACACCCAAUUAAAUAACUCACUUAGCUCGUCGUUUUCAUAUUAGGCGUAGUCGAUAUUAUUGAGCUAUAAAUUGCAAGAUUUGGUCAUAUAUACCUAAAUACUCCGUUGAUCUUCUGUGGAACUUGCAUUGAAACUAUUAUAAUUUAUUUUAAGAUGGAUACUUCUCGUAGGAUCGCUGGAUUCAAGUAUGAUUGCUUGCUUUUUGAUAUGGACGAUACUCUCUACCCAAUAAGCUCAGGUCUCAAUUUGGCAUGUCGCAAGAACAUAGAAGAGUACAUGUUGAAACACUUGCAUAUCGAAGAAAGUGAAGUACCAAAGAUGUGCCUGGAUUUGUACAGGGAAUAUGGGACAACUAUGGCAGGACUAAAGGCCCUUGGUUAUGAUUUUGACAAUGAUGAAUUUCAUGCUUACGCGCAUGGAAGAUUACCAUACGAGAAACUGAAGCCAGAUCCAGUGUUAAGGAACCUUCUGCUUUCCAUGUCUCAGCGUAAAAUAAUAUUCACUAAUGCAGAUCAAGGACAUGCACACGAAGUUCUCUAUAGAUUGGGCUUGACAGAUUGUUUUGAUGGCAUCAUUUGCUUUGAAACGCUUAAUCCUUCGAACUACACGGAUUUACCUAAUGAUAAUCAUGUGCUAACAAGGAGUAAUUCGUUUAACAAAGCCUGUAACCAAAUAGAAAGUGGGUGUUUCAACUCCAAGACACAAAUCCUCUGCAAACCCUCAGUGGAAGCCAUCGAAGCUGCUAUUCAGAUUGCCAAUGCAGAUCCAAGGAAAACACUGUUUUUUGAUGACAGUGCUAGAAAUAUUGCAAGUGGAAAAGCUGCUGGACUUAACACAGUUAUUGUGGGUCGCUCAGAUUUGGUGCCUGGUGCUGAUCAUGCACUGAAUAGCAUUCAUAAUAUCAAAGAAGCAUUACCCGAAAUAUGGGAGGCUGAGGGAGAUCAACACCAAAUGAUCCAACCCCCAGCAGUUGAAACCAUGGUCCUAGCAUAGAUUUUGCUUCGAUCAAAAACCAGUUUAACAUACCGAGCAAUCACAAGUCACUAGCUCAGCAUAACUACUUUUCAAUUUAGAAUACUGCGCAGUCAUCUCAGCACAAUGGUGAUGAUUAAAAAAAGUAAAUCAUACCGUUGUU